UCGCCGGGACAGUGGAGCCGGACGGAGCCGCGGGCUGUCUGCACUACAGGCGGCGCAGGUGACGUCAUCCCGACUGUACUCAAGCGAAGUAGAGGGGACAAAGGCAUUUGGACGUUUUAUUCCCCUGAACACACUGCUGUGACAUUUGAAAGCACCUUACAGGACGGUAGAGAGGAGAGAAAAAGAACAGGAGCGACACACUGGAGAGCUGAUCAGCACAAGGAACCAGUGCGCUCUGGGGAAAUGAUGCAGCAGCAGAGAUGCAACACAAGCAAAAUUGACCUGCCUUCCAAAUAUCUUAUAAGGUCUGAAGAUGAGUCAGCGUAUUCACCGGCCCCUCUGCUGUCAAUCACUCGGCUACUUUCCCAGCCAAUUAUCUGUCGGGCCCCAGCUGCUUUGGACUUUAUCUGUGAAGUGUUUAUGAAAGUCCUAUCACACACGCACUCUGUGGUGCCUGCGCAGGAACAUGAAAUGCUUCUGUAGGACCACCAGUGUUCAAAGCUCCUGCAAGUCUUUUGCAAGCUGGCGAUACCUCUCUACCCCUGUCUGGAAAUAGCUCUACAGUGUAGCCCACCGACCAGCCCAUGUAAAGGAUGAUAGGAGAGAAGCUGUUAGUGUCCAUAGUUCUGAUGUCUGUGCUGAGUUUACCGAUGCUGCAGACAUCCUAUGGAGAGCACUUGGCAGAGGAGUCUUGCACUGUUCAGAUCCUGGUCCCUGGACUCAAAGGAGAACCAGGAGAGAAGGGACAAAAAGGCGCACCGGGGAGACCAGGAAGAGUCGGCCCUCCUGGAGAGAUCGGUCAACCUGGGCUCAAAGGCCAGAAAGGCAUAAUGGGACGUUAUGGAAAAGUGGGCCCAAGUGGAAUGAAAGGGGUAAAAGGAGACAUGGGGGAUCCUGGUCCAAGGGGCCCUAAUGGAGAUCCAGGUGUUCCAUGUGAGUGCACACCAAUCAGGAAGAUGAUUGGAGAAAUGGACAUUCUUGUGGCGCAGCUCUCCUCGGAGCUGAAGUUCAUUAAAAAUGCUGUUGCUGGCAUAAAAGAGACAGACAGUAAGGUCUAUCUGUUGGUGAAGGAGGAGAAGCGAUACACCGAUGCGGAGGCCUACUGUCAGACGAGGGGAGGGCACCUGGCCAUGCCCAAGGAUGAGGGAGCCAACGUGGCCAUCGCAGGGUACAUAACCGAGGCGGGCCUCAACCGGGUCUACAUCGGCAUUCACGACCUGCAACGCGAGGGCGUGUUCACCUACGUGGAUCUCUCUCCCAUGACCACUUUCAGCAAGUGGAGGAAAGGGGAGCCCAACAACGCCUACGAUGAUGAGGACUGUGCUGAGAUGGUGGCCUCCGGGGAGUGGACAGAUGUGGCGUGCCACCCCACCAUGUAUUUUGUUUGUGAGUUUGACAAAGACAGUGUCUGAGUCCAGCCUCCGCUAAAGAGACUGCCUAAAGAAUGUAUAGAUAUAAUGGAACUCGAGUUAGAUGUGUUGUUUGUGCUUUUUCCUUUAUCUGUAAAUAGGAUGACAGAAGGACAUGCAAGCUGUGCAAACUAGUAUAUUUUCUACAUUUUCUCUAUAUCCUAUAAGCUCAUAAGCUAUUUAUUUUCUUAACUCGCAAAGCAUUCAGACUUGUUGUUCUUUAGUGAGGUUUUUACUUAUCUUAAGUACACCCUUGAUCUCAUACUCUGAGUUUACAUUCAAACAGCACGCCAGGCAAUGAACUGACUUUUUUAUGUUAUGUUAUGCAAACUAUCCGCUGCAACGGUGCCAUCAACAAACAAGACAAACAGGCCAAGUGUAGAAGGCUGCGGUACGUGCAUGAAAAAUGAAAUUAAAGGAAGAUUUUGGUUCCAGUCGGGUGUUUUUAAUCAGAGAAAUUGAAUACGAUAUUCAUCCUGUAUUCAUAUACAUGUUAUAAGUUAUGUGGUGGUUGCUGUAAAAAAUAAAUUUUAACCCA